AUGGAGCUCCUCUCUCGCACCGCGCUUGGCUUCCUCUCGCUGUCAGUCGCAUUUGCAGGUUCUGCUUCUGCAGUUGAAUCCUUCCGCAAACCAACUGUCGGUACACAAGGUGGCAAUGGAAGCUUUCUUCUCGCGUCCGGCAGCUCUCCAGUCCGUAUCCUUGCCGAUGCUGCAGACUGGCCUGGUGUGCUUCGUGCUGCAAAUGAUCUUGCCGUCGACUUUGGACGCGUUACGGGAACCAAUGGCACGCUGACGGCAUCGGGUAAGGGUACGGCGAAUGCGUCUACGAUCUUCAAUGUCACUGGCAUCAACGAUGACUGGAGUGUUGGUAGCAGUGGAAACAAAACCGCAGCUGGUGCUACCGGAGGAACGAUCAUCGUGGGUACCAUUGGCAAUUCGAGUCUCAUUGAUGGCCUCAUUGCGAGCGGAAAAAUAGAUGUCAGUGCCAUUGAGGGUCAAUGGGAAGCCUAUGUUAGUGCUAUCGUGGAGAACGCUGGGAAUGGGACUAGCGAGGCGCUUGUCAUUGCUGGCAGCGAUCGUCGGGGUGCCAUUUACGGCAUCUAUGAUAUAUCCGAGCAAAUUGGUGUCUCUCCAUGGCACUGGUUUGCCGACGUACCUCCCAAAUCCCACGAAUCCAUCUAUGCGCUGAAGACUACCAAAGUUCAGAAAACUCCCACCGUAAAGUACCGUGGCUUCUUCAUCAACGACGAAGCGCCAGCUCUUACCGGCUGGGCGAACAAGAUCUACCCGCUUUCUCCCUAUGGAGCACCUUUCGGAGCCGACUUUUACAAGCAUGUUUUCGAGCUGCUGUUGAGGUCGAGGGCUAACUAUCUCUGGCCUGCCAUGUGGAACGGGAUGUUCAACGUGGACGAUCCGCGUAAUCAGCCCCUUGCUGACGAGUAUGGCAUUGUGAUGGGAACAUCACAUACAGAGCCCAUGGUCCGCGCUACCCAGGAGUGGACGAAGGUCGCCAAAGGCUCCGAGUCUGGCUGGCAAUGGGCGACUAAUAACGCUACCCUAUACAAGUACUUCUAUGAAGGUGCGCAGCGUGCGGCACCAUAUGAGAAUGUUGUUACUGUUGGUAUGCGCGGGUAUCACGAUACUGCCAUGUCUUCGGAUGUCCAGACCAGUGUGCUCGAGGCGGUCGUCGCUGGGCAGCAGGAUAUCCUAAGCAAGAUCCACGGCAAUGCAUCAGAAGUGCCACAAAUGUGGUGUUUAUACAAAGAAGUACAAGAUUACUUUGAAGAUGGAAUGAAAGUUCCCGACUGGGUCACCCUCCUGUGGACAGAGGACAAUUGGCAAAAUAUCCGCAGGCUUCCGGUUGGCGACGAGAAGAAGCGGUCUGGCGGUGCUGGUGUGUACUACCACUUCGACUACGUCGGUGACUCGCGAAACUUCAAGUGGCUCGAUACCAUUCAACUCCAGAAAACCUACGAGCAAAUGAAGCUUGCCAAGGACCGUGAAGCAGACCGUAUCUGGAUCGUCAACGUGGGCGACAUCAAGCCCGCCGAGAUGGCUAUCAGCCAUUGGUUCGACAUUGCCUACGAUAUCCAUGCGUACGACGAGACUUCGGUGCCUCAAUGGGUUACAGAGUGGGCCGCGCGUAACUUCGACGAGGAGCAUGCGCACACCAUCUCCGAUAUUCUGGACGAGUACGGCGCACUUGCAAACAUGCGAAAAUUCGAAUGGGUAGAGCCCUCCUCCUACAGCAUCAUCAACUACGAGGAAGCAGACCACAUUCUUGCACGCUGGACCGCUCUUGCUCAGAAGGCGCAAAAGGUCAACGGCGCUCUACCUGCGAAGCAGCAACCCGCCUUCUACGAACUGGUCCUACAUCGCGUGCUUGCAGGUGGGAACUUUGUAGAUAUCCAGAUCUCAGGUGCCAGGAAUAUCAUCUAUGCGCAGAUGGGCAGAAAUAGUGCGAAUAGGUGGAUGCAGCGCGUUAUCGAUGGUAUGAACCAAGAUCAUAACCUCACCAAAAUCUACCACACGCAACUCAACGGCAAGUGGAAUCACAUGAUGGACCAAACUCACCUCGGCUAUCAAGGAUACUGGCAACAGCCCAUGCGCCAAUCGACCCCCGACCUCCGCUGGGUGCAGACACUCGAGCGCAGUCUGGCCGGUGAUAUGGGCGUCGCAGUCGAAGGUAGCAAUGCUACUAUCCCUGGUGACGACAUGUGGCACGGUAACGGGGCCUCGUCCCUCAACCUACCAGAUAUCACGCCCUUUACGCCUAGGCGCUGGAUUGAAAUCGUUUCCAGGGGCACUGGCCCAUUUAGUUGGAACAUCUCUGCUGAUCCGUUUAUCACGCUCUCUCAAAAGUCCGGCACUCUGAAGCCAGACGAUGAGGAUCUGAGGGUGUAUGUGGAUGUUGAUUGGACGAAAGUGCCUGUUGGGUUCAGCAAGAAGAGUGCUUUGAACAUCAGCUCUUCGACCAAUUACGGCACGCAAGGCGGCGCACCGCAAGUCAUUGUGCAAGUCAACAAGACCUCCAUCCCCUCCAACUUUUCAGCUGGCUUCGUCGAAUCCGCAGGCCAACUCGCAUUCGAGGCCGAGCACUACACACGCUCUUCCCCAGCCGGAAACCUCAGCUACAUGGUUCUUCCCAAGUACGGCCGCACACUUUCUGCUGUCAAGCUGAAUAACGGUCUGGCAGAGGGGUUGACCUCAUCCACUGCCCCCAGCCUUGAGUACGACUUCGUUACCUUCACGCCUACCACCGCCGCCAAAGGCCUCAACGUAACACUCAUUCUCUCCCCAACACAUAACAUCAACCCCAAGAAGCCGCUCGCAUACAUCGCCCAGGUGGAUGACAAGCCAGAGCAACGCCGCCAAUACGUUAUUGACCGCAAACAACCAGACUUCCCCGUUGGUUGGGGCAAGGCAGUGGCAGAUAGUGUAUGGUACAACACUACGAAUCACGGCGAGUUGGCGCCUGGAAAGCACACAUUGAAGUUGUGGUUAGUUGAGGCGAAUGUUAUUCUGCAGAAGGUCGUUGUUGAUCUUGGGGGUGUGGUGUAUAGUCAUAAUGGCCCACCAGAGAGCUAUCGCGUGGGCGGUGGGAACUCGAACUCUACGGUUGUGAUUAGAAUCUACGAGUGGAGAUGA